AUGUCUAGUGAUCAUUUUUCCAGGAAAAGACCUCCUUAUUGUGACGUAGGCUCUUACUCGGCGGAUGCAGCUCAGCAAUCUGGGGAGCAGAGAAAGAAUUUGGAGUUGUCUAAGACCAUCCGUGACGACCAGGCCUUAACAGAUUUUUCAGCUCCGAAAAACCCGACCCGUACAAUGUCUGAAAAUUUGAAUUGCGAGUCGAUUAGCCGCCAGCGCACAGACUUCCUAGGUAGUCAGGGUUUCCACACCCCCUCUAUAGAGCAGCUGCGCGAAAAGGUCAUUGCUGAGAAGUAUGCAAAGUUGUGUUCAGUUAUCAGAAAAAGAGAAUUAGAUUUGAAGGAAUUGAUUUUUAUCAGGCAUGGCGGCAGCCUGAUAGUGUUCAACGAAAACGAUGGCGGUUUGUUGAGCCGUGUAGAAGAAUACCACAGGAGGCAUCCUAUUGUAUUGGAUUCGGUGCCGCCUGACGAAAUGUCAAGCGAAGAGGAAGUCAUGUAUGAAAAGACGACUUUGGAUCCUUUUCAUGCCAACCAAAGUUCAUGUCAGCUGGUUACGGCCGAUAUGGUUAGCGAUUCGGAAUCCGCGUGGGGUCACUUACAGAAAGUAGCGACACAGGAUGCGAGUCUCGCUGAACCUUUGGAAGUUGGCUCUGCAGCGAGCUCUGUGGUGACCGAGGAGGUAUCUGGUACAUUUACUUCGCCUGAGUCGAGAGGGCGGAGAAAUACAGAGGCCCCGACUCGCAUCGACCGGGUGUUUUUUCCUUCUCAGAGGUUUGCCAUAAAUCCCUUGUCAGUGUCGACAAAGGAGGAGUCUCUUAUCACCAAAAUUUUGGACGACUCAUUUGAUUUUACAAAAGUUGGAUUUGAUUCCUGUAUUCCGGAGUUUUCAGAGAAGGUUUCGCCGUCGUCUGCAGCACCUACACUUAGUGAGCUGGUGCCGUCCGCAAUCAUGUCCGUUUAUCAAUCGACGGAAAACAGCAAAAUGUCUGAAGAUCGAUGCAGAGGCGUUUUUCCAUUUACGGAAGAAGAGCUUUUUGCGUCUCGCACUGCGGUGCUUGAAGUCCCUAAUCCCAUUGCUGCGAAUUCGGCGUGGGCCAGAGACGCUGAGCGGUAUGCCGAGCUUUUCUUCAAGGUUCUGAUGCGCCGAGGAAGGGACCACGCGAAGUACGUCCCUAUUCCGGACCCCCCUCGAAAUAGGACUCAUUGGGAUUACCUACUGCAAGAAAUGGCGUGGAUGGCCGCAGAUUACGCCCAGGAGCGCAUUUGGAAGCACAGAAUGGCCAGGAUUUUGUCCAGAGCAGCGAGGCAAUAUUGUAUUGAAAACGCACGAAGGGCAGAAAUAAGUCGGCGCGAGAGGAUACGGUGUAUAUCUAGAGGAACAGAGUCUUUUUGGAACGAUUUGAAACAGUUGGCUGCAUUCAAAUAUCAGCGUCUGAGCGACAAGCACCGGGAUGGUUCGAAGACAGGUAGGCCGUUCUCCAGCUCUGUCAAGCAAAGCGCCAAAUCCAAGUCUUUUUCCGAACCUUUAGAUAUUUUCUCGCGCGACCGAGGCGCCGCCCCGAGCGCUGAAGAUGGGCCGAGUGAGACAACUAAGAGCACAGCUCAAAACCUGAUGGACGAUGACUUCCUUGAGAUAAACGAUAUUGAUGAUAGCGAUUUCGAUCUGCAGCUUUGGAAAGCUCUUUCGGACGACGAAAAGGCGUCGGAUCUAAAAGAGACGGCUGAUCUCUCGAAUCAAGAGUCCGAAGGUCAUCCUGACGUUAUCGACGCGCCUGAUGUGGAGGGUCUUAUUCUAGACGCGGAAAAGCUGACUUCGCAGCUGCUGAAGGAAGAAUAUCAAGCAGCGCGCGAGGUCAAAACGAAGCCAGACUUCGAAAUUUCAAGUUCUCCUACUGAUUCCAAUGAUUCAUCGGCGUUGUGCGGUGGUGACUUAAGGGAUGGGAAAAAAACGUCAGAAUUGGCAUGCGACGUUGAAAAAACCGCUCAGAAGUACUUUCGGUUUAACUCGAUACUUCGGUUCGGAAAACGGUUUAUUAAAUUUUUGGCAAGCAAGAUUCGCGAUUCGUCGAAGAGACAUUUCAGCCCCCGAGGUACGAUUCAGUCAAUUUCUGAGCAGUCGGAGGCACUGCAGCCAACCGGCUUUACUUACGUGACUACCAGCGUCAAAACCAAGGUUCCAUUCUUCCUGGCGGGCACGCUUCGAGAGUACCAGCACAUAGGGCUGGAUUGGCUGGUGUCCAUGUAUGAGAGGCGAUUGAAUGGCAUUUUGGCUGACGAGGCCGGUCUUGGGAAAAAAAUUAUAACUAUUGCGUUUUUGGCCUACUUGGCGAGCGCGGGGAGCUGGGGCCCUCAUUUGAUUGUCUCUUCUACCUCGAUGCUGGUGAAUUGGAAUAUAGAACUCAGACAGUGGUGCCCCCAGCUCAAGGUCCUUGUCUACGCUGGGGCGCCGAAACAGUGGAGGCGGCGACGUGUCAGCCUAAAGGGGUUCAACGCGUUCCACGUAUGCCUAACGAGCUACAAGGUGGUGGAGGAGGAAAUAUCGGUUUUUAGCCGUUACAAAUGGUUCUACUUGAUUUUAGACGAGUCGCGCGAAAACCACAAUUUCCAAUUGUGGCAGAUGUUUUUAAACUUUCGGACGGAAAGGCGCUUGUUGCUUACAGGAAAGCCGUUACCGACCGAUAUCAUGGAUCUCUGGGCGCUCGCUCAAUACUUGAUGCCGCAAACAUUCCACCCCGUCGCAGAGGUUUGGUGUUCUAACAUGACGCGGAGUUAUGAACGCCGUGACGAAGAGGACUCGAGGACAGAAGAAAGCAAGAGUUUUUCGGACGACCUCGUCUGCGAUUUGCACACCAUUCUCCAAUCUUUCUUAUUGAGGCGCCUGAAAGCUGACGUUGCGAAGCAGCUUCCAAGAACAGUUGAACACGUUAUCAUCUUCAAGUUAUCCAGACGUCAGCGAUUGCUGUACGACGAAUAUAUGGCCAGUCGUGACUUGGAGAGCAUGCUGAGGGAGAGCAACUAUGCAGAUACUGCAAACACAAUUAUACAACUGCAAAAAAUCUGCAACCACCCGGAUCUUUUUGAAGGAAGGAUUGGGCUUUUUCCGCUUGAUCGUGUAUGUUCAGAAGGGCCCGCUAUUGUGUUCGCCGACGCCAAACCCGCUUCUGGUCAAGACGGGGCGCCCGCGAAGCCAGCGCGUGGCUUCCAUAGAGCGGCGUCCAAUGCGAUGGAGGUUGAUGGUGGGCCGAGAAGUUCGAGCCAAGGUACGAACCUUCUUCAUUCAGGGACGGAUGGGAAGGGGGAACGUGGAUCUCGUUCUUCGGCCUUGGGAUACACGAGUCCCGUGUCUAUUUUACCAUCGAAAGCGCUUACUCCGACCGGUCUGCAAAUGUGCCGGGUUUCCAAUCCUUCGAAGUCAAACUCGACCGAGACAGAAAGCCAGCUUGGAAAUUUGACGGGACGCGAAGAGGCGGACGAUUUCAGAGCAGAUUUCUCGAGAGUUGAGAAAACCGAAGACAGCACCGAAUGCGAUUUGUCGAAAGAGGAAGGUCGGCUGAAGGAAGCGGAGCACCGAAUCAGCCAUUUUAUUCGCCUUGUUGAGCUGCAUGGUCGAAUCAAGCCGCUUGUUGUAGCGAGCGAUACCGUUCGGCUUUUGCUCGAUGAUUAUUCUCUAAUCAUGAAACACGCGCGCAAAAAUUCGGAAGACCCCUCGAAGUAUCUGGAGUAUACGGGCGCGCCGGACCGUCUGGUGACCGCGUCCAACGAGAAGCUGGAAGAAAUUAGGGACGUUCUCAGACACCAAUUUGUCUGUUGUGUGUUGGACGCACGUUCGUCCGCUACAAAUGAAGAGCGCCAUCAAACCAGAGAUUUGCCUACUCGGUCUUCGAAUUGCAACGUCGAGCAGGGUGCAGAUGAGCGAGCGAGCGGCCUUUCAAAAGAGCGUCUCGUUCUGGAAGACAGCGGGAAGUUUUUGGUCUUGGCGGUGCUGUUGGACCAACUUAAACAAGGCGAACACUCCGUGCUAAUUUUCGUGCAGAUGGUCAAGAUGAUGGACAUUUUGGAAGCAUUUCUCAACCUACACGGCUAUGCCUACGUUCGAAUCGAUGUAAUGACGGAGGCGAAAAUUCAGCAGAUGCUGAUGAACAAGGCCAAUGGCCAAAAUAAGAAUGUGUUUUUGUUUAUUUUGUCUACUAGAACAAGGAAAUUCGACGUCGGCCUCAUCGGAGCCGACACGGUUAUAUUCUACGACACAGACUGGAAUCCAGCUAUGCACGCCCGGGCUCAAGAAUGCUGUCGUCAAGCUAGCCAGGUGCGCGACGUUCGUAUUUUCAGGUUGGUUUCGGAGAACACAAUUGAAGAGGACUUUUUGAAAUUUACCAAUUCCAUUCAGCCAGAGAACCUAGUUGAACAAGACAAUUUCGCUGAAUUUUUGAAAACACUGGACGAUUGGAAGGGGGGAGAUGCCGGCCAACGCGGCAGUGGCUGGUCGAAGCUCGAGAGACAGUCCAAAUGGUCUAAGCUGUCAGUUGAUCCUGUGAUGACGACAUUUGAUCCUUUUUUGAUUGACGAGGACGAUUCAAAAGAGGCAGAUUUAGAGAAGAAUGCGCACAUCGACUACUCCGUUUUAAGGUCCACGCCAGAGUUUGAAGCCAUCCUCACUCAAGCAGAGGACUUCGACGACGCGAAAUGCUUCAGCCAGUUCGAAAAAGAGAAGCAGAUGGCUUUAGAGGAGUACAACGCGUGCGGUACGGAUUUGUCUCCUAUCCACAGCGCGGCUAUGCACUGCGUCGAAUCGAUCAAUUUUUCGUCUAGCAAACUGCAGCUAAAGGCGGUUUAUGAGAGCAUUGUAACUGAGAAGAAAAAAUGGAGGUCUGUAUUUGCUGAACAACUGAGGCAGGUUCGAAAUCCAGUCGAUUUUGGCGUGUCUGAGCGCGAUAACGCGCACCGCCUUUUCGAAAGAAGUGUCCACUUUGGCCAAGACGAUGAAACAACAUCAAAAACUUCGCAAUAUUUGGGCGAACUACCGCACAAAACAACCGAGGGUACCGAUGAAAGCGACUUCAAUACUGCAGAUGAGGGUCUUCUAUCUCGCAGUAAACAAGACGAUCUAGGCGACGACGACAACAUCCCAAUGUUUUAUCAAGUAAAAUCUUUUCUAGAUGAGGUUGACAAAGUUUACCCAGGAAUGUCCAGGGUCGACAUUCCUUAUGGGGUGGUGGAUCCUGAUCAAGAGGAAAUGUAUUUGCCGAAUGAAAACCAACUGGACAUCAUCUCUAGGGAUCUGUUCUAUGAUCUGUCUUCCUUGCACGAGGCAGGAGAAGAAGAUUCCUGUCACCCUCUUGGCCUGUUCAACGACCCGCCGACUGAGGAUUUUCCGCAAAGGAAGCAACCCGCUAAGGCAUUCUCUUCCUCAGACAACGAGCACUCAGACAGCUCAAAAAUAGAACAAAGAAGAGGAACUGAAAUUUUUACUCAGCCAAAGUAUCAGAGAGAAACAUUGGAUGUAUUCCUAAAGAACAAAUUUCCUUGGACAAAGGAUUUGCUAAGAAACGACAAAAAUUCAGACAUGGUUUCCUAAAAAAAAAUCUGCUUCAAGCAAAUCGGAAUUUCGUCAGGACGUAUGUAAACGUUUCUCGUGUUCGACUUCUCGCUGAUAUAGCAAACAUGCGCCAAUCUAAAAUGUAUAUAAAUACUUGAGAUACGGUAUUCAUCAGGAGGUGCUGGUCAACUUGUGAACAAGCUUUCACCUGCUCAACGAAGAAGGUAUGCGUUAUCAUCUUUGGGGCCAAAAAUCAAAGCACAAGCACUCCGAGCAGAAGGGAAUGGGAUGCAUAUGACAAAUGCCGGACAUUUGGAUCUCGCGGCCACAAAUCUGGCAGGGUUAACUGCUGCAAUUCUCUCCUUCUAAUAAAAAUUUUGCAUAUCGAAGUCGCGCCUCCGCGUUCAGCCCGAGUUCAGAAAACACCUACUCUAUGAAUUACGGGUACGUGCAUGCUCGGCACCGGUCAAGCCAAAAUAAGUCUGUGCUCAGCUUUCUCUCGGCCUACGAAUGUGGCAAUACACAGAGCACACAAAUGAGGUUGCACUAUAGAAAAUUUCAGUAUGUGCAACUCAGCGCCAGAAGUAUAUUGUUGACGGA